AUGGUGAAUGCUAGUUGGAUGUAUGUUUUUCCUAGAAGCAAUGUUGAGUUCCUCCCUCCUGAUUUGUCCGACCACUCUCCUGGUGUUAUUCAGUCAGGUUUUUCCCAAAAGAAUAAAAAGUAUCCCUUUAAGUUAUUCAAUUAUGUUGCUGAUAGAGAGGAUUUUCUCCAUAUGGUAUCUAAUAUUUGGAAGACUCAGGUUCGUGGUUCUUUUCAAUACCAAGUUUGUUGCAAGUUAAAAAUGGUUAAAAUUGGGCUCAAGAAGAUGGUUCCGAAGGGUACUGAUGUUUUUGAUGCUGUGAGUAAGGCUAAAAAGCUUUUGGAUGAUUGUCAUCGUCAAUUAGAUUCCAAUCCUUUUGAUAGCAAUAUGCAAAAGCUUGAACACAACCUUCUCAAAGACUACACCUCUGCUUUGGUUAUUGAGGAAGGCUCCCUCAGACGAAAAUUGAGACUUCUCUGGUUAAAGGAUGGAGAUCGGAACUCAUCUUUCUUCUUCAAGAUUACUUUAGUGCAGAAUCCUAUUGAUGAUAUUCAAGCUGCGGAUUUGAGCAAAGACUUCUUUACUGAUGAAAUCAAAUCAGCUUGCUUCUCUUUGAAUCCCAACAAAGCCCCAGGUCCUGAUGGUCUUGAUGGUUAUAUUUUCCAAAAGGCUUGGUCUGUCAGUGGUCAGGAUAUGACUCUUGCUAUCAAGGAAUUCGCCCCAAACUGCGACUCACCAGCUUAA